AUGGCCAACAUUCUCUCAUUUUUCGUCUCCAUAUCCGUCACUAUCUUCGUACCCUUAUGCAUGGCUGCAACAAGCUUCAACGACGACCAAUCUGUUCUUCUCGAGUUCAAAGCCCAUAUCGCUUCCAAUCCUCAUAAUGUCUGGCCAUAUAAUUGGUCAUCUGCCACCGGAGUAUGCAUCUGGACCGGAGUUUCAAGCGGCGUUAGUGGCCGAGUCAUGGCCUUGAAUCUUCCCAACAUGAUCCUUCACGGCGAUAUCCCGCCACCCUUGGGAAACCUCUCGUUUUUGUUGGCUCUCAACGUGAGUGGGAACUGUUUUAAUGGCGAUUUGCCAUCCGAGUUGGCCAAAUUGCAUGGCUUGGAACUCAUGGACUCGAGCAACAACGAACUUAGUGGUGAAAUUCCUUCAUGGUUUGGCAACUUAACCGAGCUUCGACAUCUAAGUCUCUUUGGUAACAACUUUAUAGGAAGUGGAAGUAUAUUGAGCAGUAUUGGGAACUUGACUAAUCUCAGAGAACUAUAUCUUGCAGCAACAGAUAUUGCAGGUGAAAUUCCUAGGGAAAUCGGUAAUCUUCGUGAUUUCCAAGUAUUUGACGCCAGAAAUUCGAGCCUUACCGGUUCCAUUCCGGAAAACAUCUUCAACAUGUCGUCGUUAAAAUGGAUUUAUCUAGGAAACAAUAAGCUUUCCGGUACUCUCCCUAUUGACAUACGUUGUAACCAGAGAAAUCCCAUGGGAGGUAGGCAACCUUCUGAACUUGGAGGUGCUGGACAUCGGAGAAAUGGGGCUCACCGGUCUCAUUCCACCGGUUAUCUUCAACAUGUUUUCUUUGAAGAUGAUUCACCUCGCAAACAAUAG